AUGUCUUGUCUAGCCCCUCCGUUUGUGCAUAAUCGGCGGAUUUGCUGUCCUGAAAUUCUGAAGACUCCGGUGCGACAUGAAGUGAGAAACAUGAAGCCAGUUAUUUCUCUAGAAAACAACCGGGGUUCCUGGAUCAACGUCGCCCAGUUCAACCCUCUGUUGAUGUUCACAACUGUCCCGGAAGACCAACUGUGCCAGAGAAAGACAGCGGCGGAAUGUGAAUCAACUGCGGGACUGAAAAACUACAAAAUUGCAAUUGCAAAACAACAAAAAAGUACAGCAGAAAGGUUGAUGCAGGCUUGCUCAAACAUCGUCCUGGUUACCGGAGUCCUAAAUGCACAAGUACGCAAACAUAGAGUAUUUGAGACUCAAACAGGUGGUCGAAAUGAACUGGACCCGGUACUUACGGACAAUGGUGAACAAUUGAUACAUCUAUUGGCUGACAAAAGCAUGUUUUACACAGUAACCGGUUGUCUGGUCACAUUAUAUGCUCCAACAACAUAUAAUUGUAUUGAGAGCGAUAUCGUGCAAAUACUCAAUGUCUGUGUGAAAAUGUCCUUAGAGCAUAUCCAACAUUUCGGAAGAAGGCAGAGAAAUCGCAAGCAAUACGUCAGUAGCAAAGCUGAAGAGGAAAGAUGGGACAGUGCAGCCUUGUUUUACCCACUGGAAGUCGUGAACUGA